GUGAUCACGUGAUCACAACAGAGCAGACGACGUUUUCCGAAAGCGACAACGGGAACUCAUAGAGGAUGGAAGCUCAAGAUCAAGUAGUGGAAGAAGAAGUUGCUUCAGAUGAGGAGGAAUCUAUAUUUCUUGAUAUUGAUCAGCUGCAGAAUCAUGGCAUAAAUGUCGCUGAUAUCAAGAAACUAAAACAAGCAGGAAUAUGCACAAUCAAGGGUAUUCAAAUGACGACAAGAAAGAAACUGUGUACCAUCAAAGGUAUAUCAGAAGCAAAGAUGGAAAAAAUCAAAGAGGCAGCUGCAAAGCUUGUGGAUCCAGGAUUUCUCACAGCUUUACAGUAUGCUGACAAACGAAAAGAAGUGUUCAAGGUUUCAACAGGGAGUCAAGAGUUAGAUAAACUGCUAGGAGGAGGAGUAGAAAGUAUGGCAAUCACAGAAGCCUUUGGAGAGUUCAGAACAGGGAAAACACAGAUUUCACAUACUCUGUGUGUAACAUCUCAGCUACCAGGAGCCAAAGGUUAUUGUGGAGGAAAAGUUGUCUUCAUUGACACAGAAAACACUUUUCGACCUGACAGAUUACGGGACAUUGCCGACAGAUUUAAUCUUGACCAGAGUGCUGUACUGGAUAAUGUUUUGUAUGCAAGGGCAUACACAAGUGAACACCAGUAUGAGCUCCUAGACUUUGUUGCGGCAAAAUUUUAUGAAGAGCCUGGUGUAUUCAAAUUGCUGAUAGUGGAUUCUAUAAUGGCACUGUUCCGAGUAGAUUUUAGUGGUAGAGGAGAACUAGCUGACAGACAGCAGAAACUGGCUCAACUCCUGUCUCGGCUGCAGAAAAUUGCAGAGGAGUAUAAUGUGGCAGUUUUUGUUACGAAUCAAAUGACAUCAGAUCCUGGAGCUGGCAUGUCGUUUCAAGCUGACCCAAAGAAACCAAUUGGUGGCCACAUUCUUGCUCAUGCAUCUACUGUCAGAAUAAGUCUUAGAAAAGGAAGAGCUGAAAAUAGGAUAGCCAAAAUAUAUGACAGUCCUGAUUUGCCGGAGAAUGAAGCAACAUUUGCAAUUAGUGGUGGAGGAAUCAUUGAUUCGAAAGAAUAGUCUGAAGGUUCUGCUGUGAAAUGAAUAGGCAAACACAUCAUCAUAUCCUGUAUGAAUGAACAAGAACACCACGUUAUGUAAUUAAAACUUAAAAAAAACAAAUAUUUACCAUUUACCAUGCUGUUCUGAGUAUGUGUAAUCUCAGUACUUCUCCCCUUACGGGCAUUUCAUGUUUUUAUUAAAUGCCCUUCAUCAGUCAAGAUGGCCUUGAGUAAUAGUCUCAGUUGUUCUCUUAAAUAUGAAAGGCAUAUUGUGCUAAGUCAGUCCCCAAAAUUUUCCACAAAGGAAAUAGUGAGUAAAUAUUGUUUUACGCUGCCUUUAGCAAUAUUCCAGCAAUAUCACGGCAAGGGACACCAGAAAUGGGCUUCACACAUUGUUAACAUUCUGGAAAUCGAACUCAGGUCUUUGGCAUGAAGAGCAAACACUUUAACCACUAGGUUACCCAACUACCCCACAAAGGAAAUAAUUCAUAUAUUUCUUCAUACAGAAUGUUACUCUUUUACUCUUGUUGAAACCCAUAAACAAAUAAACUGUUUCAUUAUGUACAUAAAUAUUUGAUUUAUCAUA